AUGUCCGGCUGCUAACCCUCGCAGCGGCCUGUCGUCGUCGUCGUCGCUCGAAGACAGCGUGAUGCGAAGCUCAGUGAUCCCUCGUGGACAAUCUGCGUACGCCUAUAAACGAAGCACUUUUGCUAAAUUCUAACUCUUUCGCUAGGGCGACUACGAGCGCCGACGCUACGAUUUCGACUCCCACCACGUCUGAGUGCGAUGAGAGUGUCACGAUUCGAGCGGAGCCAGCUACUGUCGUCGCCUCCGGCAAAGAGAACAUCCAGCCGUCUCCCUCUGCCAAGAAGGAAGCCGCGAAGAAGGAAUCCCAGUAAAUGCUAUGCCGCCCUCAUUCAAUUCCUUUUUUGUCUUUUUUUGUCAGCACUUUUGUGCCAUAAUAUGAUGCCGGCUGCUUUAACAUCUCUACUACUACUUGUUUUGGACUUUUUUGGGACCACUUACCCCAACAGUCAAAGUAGUUUUAUGCCAUGGCGGAAAACAUUGUUUUUAGUCCGGAGGAUAGCUGAUACGCGGGAUCACAUUGUGUGGAGGGAUCAUUUUAUGUGCCUUGUGUACUUUAGAGUCUAGGUAAUGGUAGCUGUGGCAAAAGUUUGGCGGCGUUAGUAUCGUUUUGACACACACAAUGAUGAAGCUAUAAUAUCCCAUCACCCCAGUGUCCA